GAACAUCUUGGGUGGAAUCUGCUGAUCAUUUUAUUGCAGUGAGCAGAACAACAGCACAGAGCUUUUUAAGCGCAAUAAAACGUCCCUUUGACACAAGAAAUGGCGAAUCAAAAAGGACGUUACUGUGAACGGACGACUUUUGAGAGACAGCAUUUGAGUCUGUUAGACCUAGAAGAUCUUGGUAUAGUGAAAAAGAACCUGAACAAUCCUAUUUAUCCAGAAUUAGUGGAGUUCCGUGUAGAGAAAGUGUCUCAUGUCACUGGAGAAAGUGGUCUUAGGGCUAUUUUUAAGGAUUCAGGGUUCAGACAGCCACCGGACCUGGCAGCUAAUGCUCAGCACAAUUUCAUCUGGUGGAGUUUAGCAAUCGCAUCUGAUGACAUAUCCUCAGCUGAGGAGCAUUUACUCACGUCUUCAUUCCCUCAUGGAAGUUCUGCCCAAAACCAGCCGCCCAUCCCUGAGUACUUCACCUCGAAGGCCUUCCAGGAAAAAUCUGCCUAUGGAAACUUUCGCUUCACUUUUUCACUGAAGGAGCUUCUCUGGCACUACAGCAAGCAGUUCUGUUAUGGUCAAAGUCCAGUUCUGCGUGUGUAUGAGACUGUAUUCUACAAAAAAGAGAUUCAAUAUACAGUUGUAGUGCAUCCUCGUAACGUAAAUCUUUAUGACGAUUGUCCGCGACUUCCAAGUCGGGGUGAUGGUGUGUGCGGGUACUCUGACGGGGCUAUGUGGUGGCGCUGUCAAGCCCCCUCUGAAGCCUCUAUGAAAAGGUUUCAUGGAAGUGUUGAUGAUUACAAAGUAUACAAUGUGUGGGAUCAUGUGUGUGUAGCUUUCCACAUGGAACCAGGGUGGGUGUUGCAUGUGGACUGGAAGAGGCUGUUUAACAGAGUGAAUGUGUGUGAAGUGUCUUAUCCACAGCUUCUGAGGCAUCCGGAUACUCCAUUGAGUUCAAAUGAUGCUGAGGAUAUACUUGCUGAUCUUAGGGCAGCAAUGGGCUAUAGGCCGAAACCACAGACCAUGUAGAUAUUACAUUCAUAAGGAAUUGGAAAGAAUAAUGAUGCUAUGCAUGCUAGUUACAUAAUUUACACCACUAGCCAUCAUUAAACAGCUUAAGUGCACAGCUGUCAUAAUAAAAAUACAUAGCCUUACUUACAAAGCAGCGCCAUAGUUUUCAGUCAGUUAAGUCAACUUAAGACAUUAUAGAUUUUUAUAUUCCACACCUAGUGUAAACUUGGCUAUAAGGCAGAUGAUGCAAACUUUAUGCAACAGUUAUCCUAGCUACAUAGUUAACUAUCUAGUCUAGUCUUGUUUGAUGAAUUAUUAAUGUGCCUUUGCACUGAUCAUCACAAUUAAGUAAAGAAUUAAUCACAUUGUCCAGUUAAAGCUUUUUAUAAUAUGGGACCCUGGUCCACAAAACCAGUCAUAAGUAGCACAGGUAUAUUUGUAGCAAUAGCCAAAAAUACAUUGCAUGGGUCAAAAUAAUCGAUUUUUCUUUUAUGCCAAAAAUCAUUAGGAUAUUAAGUAAAGAUAAGUAAAGAAGUAUGAAAGAAGUACUUCAUUUUUGAUUAGUAAUAUGCAUUGCUAAGAACUUCAUUUGGACAAUUUCAAAGGCGAUUUUCUCAGUAUUUUGAUUUUUUUGCACCCUCAGAUUCCAGAAUUUCAAAUAUUUGUAUUAUGGGCAAAUAUUGUCCAAUCCUAAGAAACCAUACGUCAAUGGAAAGCUUAUUCAGGUCCAGGGUCACAUAUAUUUAACAUUUUUAUUAUACAUGUAUGUUAACAGUUAUUUUGCACUCUUUUUAAAAAUUGCACUUUUGAUUCUCUCCACCAGAGGUCCAUGUUGGCUAGCUGGUAAUAUUGCUUUGUCAUAUUUUAACUAAAACCUUGCUGACAUUUUCUGUCAUUAUUAUUGCUUUAUUCUUUUAUGUAGCUUUUUAUGAUUAUGUUUUUUUAAAUGCCAUAUUUUAGUCAAAUGUCUACUUAAAUCCAAUGUCUAAAAUUAUUACUUUAACUGUUUAAAUCUGAUCACUAAAAUUUGAAUUAACAUUGAUCAGUGAUGUUAUUUAAUGUCAUGUCUGCUAUUGCUAUUGCU